AGCGGUUCUCUCACUCGCUCGAGCAAAAACUUCAUACAUCGCAAGCCUCAAGAAGCUACAGCCGCAGAAGAAAGAAAAAAAGAGAAAACAAGAAAAAAAUGGAGGCGGCGAGAACUGUUAAGGACGUUUCUCCCCACGAGUUCGUGAAGGCCUACGCCGCCCAUCUCAAACGCUCCGGCAAGAUUGAGCUUCCUCCAUGGACUGAUAUUGUCAAGGGUGGUAAAUUUAAGGAGCUUGCUCCGUAUGAUCCUGAUUGGUAUUAUGUCAGAGCUGCUUCCAUGGCAAGGAAAAUCUACAUGAGGGGAGGUCUUGGUGUUGGUGCCUUCAGGAGGAUAUAUGGAGGGGCCAAGAGAAACGGCAGCCGUCCACGUCAUUUCUGCAAGAGCAGUGGCUCUAUCGCUCGUCACAUUCUCCAGCAAUUGCAGAAUAUGAACAUCAUUGAUCUUGAUACUAAAGGUGGUAGGAAAAUCACAUCUAAUGGUCAACGAGAUCUUGAUCAAGUUGCUGGAAGGAUUGCAGUUGCCCUCUGAGAAAUUUAGUAGAUGCUGUCAAAUGGGAUGAGUUCUUAGUUGUUUGAAAGAAAACUGUUUUAGUAGGAGGCAGUGUUAAAUCAAUUUUCUGUUUGGUUUGCGUCUGGUGUUUCUAUAUGAAGCUUUUUUUGUCUUAAAUUCCAAUAUGCUGUUUGUUGACUGUGACCUUCAAUUUUGAAGUCCAUUUAUCUACAUAUUACUUAUCUACUUCA